AUGGACCAAUUUCGUGAUGAGGGCUAUGUAUGCGUAGCUGGAGAACCGAAGGGUAAAGAUUACGAGAGCGACAGUGACGAUUUGGGAACGAGUCUCGUGCCGUCAUUGAGAAAUGAUGCCAACUUAGACCUGUCCGUUGACGAGGAAUAUGAAGAUCUUCGCGCUGAACUCUUGGCAUACCAUUCCGCUCUGUCUUCGCUCACAUCGUCACGACGAUCUUUACUGAGCACCCCGUGUUGGUCCCGCGGAGGCAUUUGUAUCAACUAUAAAUUAUGUCCCCGGCACAGACAUCUUACUGAAGUACCAGGAUGCAAGAACCGACUGAAUGUUUGUUGUUUCGUGUGGAACCAAUAUGAAGUUAGAGAUAUGCGUGACAAGGGUAUCAAUAAUAUCGCGUUUCCAUGGCGACCUAAAACUAACUUCGGUGGGGAGGGAAUCGUCGUCAGCAACAAGAAGAGAAGCAGGAAGAGGAAAAAGAAGACCACGACUACGGAACCCGCCGAUGUUAUAUAUCAGUUUUGA